AUGUCGACCAAAAGUGGAAAGCAGCCAAGAAGUGAUAGUGGAAGGAAACCUGAAGAUAUAGUGAGCCAAAGGGAAUCAACAGAUUCCAAUAUGUAUAAAAAAAAUACUGAAUCAAUCCAAAAACCAGCCAGCGGGGUAUCUGAAGAAUCGAAGAAUACAGAAAGACUUUUUGAACUAGAAAAAUUGAAAUUGAAGAAGAAACUUGAAUAUGAACUGAAACUAAUAGAUUUAGAGAAGCAACAUUUAAAGAGUGGAAGUGAAAAAAACACAGAACUCAAGAGCGAACACACAUUAGACAAAACCGAGCCCCAAAAGGUCGAAGAAUGGUUAGAAAAGUUGAGUAUAGUGCCAAGUGAAAAUAAAGAAGACACCGACCCAAAGGAAGAACGUAUCAGACUGAACAAUUUUUUCAUGAGACAAUCCAGUUCGAAAGACUUACCAAUUUUUGCUGGAGAUCCAAUGGAAUGGCCAAGUUUUAUCACCCAAUUCAGAGAAACUACUGACCUGUGUAAAUAUUCGAAACGGGAAAAUAUGAGCCGACUCCAACGUUGUUUGCGAGGCAAAGCCAAGGAAAGUGUGGAGUAUCUUUUGAACUUUCCUGAUCAAUUAGAUAAGAUAUUAUCUGUACUGGAAAGAAGAUUUGGUAGAUCGGAAUAUAUCGUUGAGGAAAUAAUGAGGAAAAUCAACCAGGUAUCAUAUAUGAAGGAAUACCAAUUUGAAUCUUUGAUAGACUUUUCCAAUAAAAUAUUGAAUUUAGUAGCAACCAUCGAAAGUUCAGGCCACAAUGGACAACUCUAUAACACCCAAAUUCUGAAUGAAAUGGUGAAUAAACUUCCUUCUAGUCUGAAGAUUCAGUGGGGUUCUCUACUGAAACAAGGAGAAAUUGCAAACCUGAAAACCUUUUCGAAUUGGAUGGAAAACAUUUCAGAAAGUUUGUGUCACGUAUCCAGACCAAAAUAUGACGACCGACGAAGACAUGCGCCAGCCUCAGCAAAACACGAAAUGCACUUUUCUACUCGUAGCGAAAAUAUCCGAUUAUGUCUUUAUUGUGAAGAUACGAGUCAUUCCAUUACCAAAUGCCAAUCUUUUGAAAAACUGUCCAUAGAUGACCGAUGGAAAUGGGUAAAAUCGAAGAGAAUUUGUUUUUCAUGCUUGAAACAGAAUCAUCAAAUCCAACAGUGUCGUUAUAAGAAAGUUUGUGGUAGGAAUAAUUGCAAAAAGCUUCACCAUUCUUUGCUGCAUGAGGAUGAAAAAUCUACAGAGGUUGAUAAGCAGUAUAUUAACGAACCUUCUAUUUCUGGAACCUGCAACCCCUAUUCUCAAGCCGAAAGAAAUUUGAAUAUUUCUAGCACAAUACAUAGAAAUAUCCUUUUGAGAGUUGCCCCUGUCAUCUUGACAAGUUCAACUGGAGUUCAAACACAAACUUAUGCACUUUUCGAUGAAGCCUCUACAGUAACGAUGCUCGACGAGGAUAUUUCCAAUACAUUGGCUUUACGAGGUGAAAGUAGACCACUUUCUCUACAGUGGACCAAUGAUUUUUCCAACUACAUAGAAAAUUCUAAAAUUGUAUCAUUGAAAAUGUCUGGAGUCGCCCCAGGAAGUAAGACAUUUACUCUCCAUCAUGUUAGAACUGUCAAAAAUCUGUCACUGCCAAUUCAAAAUGUAGAUAUAGAAGAUAUCUGUAAACGUUGGCCGUAUGUACAGAAUGUUCCAGUCAAUUCAUUGCAUAAUGCCCAACCAACCAUACUGAUUGGGCAGGAUAACUGGCCGCUAACAAUUCCUCGCAGUCAUAUUCAAAAAAGCUGGAAUGAUCCUGUGCUAACAAAAACUUGGUUGGGAUGGGUGAUACAUGGAAUACUCGCAUCAAAUGAGCCAAACAAAGAAUAUAGUUAUUUAAUUGAUGAUUUCCAUGAACAAGAUGAUGAUUUACACAGCCUAGUGAAAAAUUCUUUCAAAAUCGAGGACGUUGGUACCAAAUUCCCCGAGAAAUCGAAAGAAGACAUAUACGCAGAAGAAAUUUUAGAUAAAACUACGAGAAGAAUAAGUGAAUAUAAAUGGGAAACAGGUUUACUAUGGAAGCAUGAAGAAGUCAAGUUGCCAGAGAGUAAGAAUAAUGCAUUCGUGAGACUGAAGUAUAUUGAAAAGAGAAUGAAACUGGAUGUAGCCUUUACCGAAGCCUAUAGAAAUAAAAUACAUGACUCUGUGAAUAAGGGAUAUGCUAGAAAGUUAACCAGCCAGGAAUUGGAGAUGAGAAAAGAGAACGAGUGGUAUUUACCACACUUCGCAGUUGUUAACCAAAACAAACCAAACAAGAUACGAGUAGUUUUCGAUGCAGCAGCAAAAUCGAACGGUAUCAACCUCAAUGACAUGCUUUUACCUGGUCCAGAUUUGUACAGCUCAAUUAUAAGUAUGAUAUGGAAAUUCAGACAACAAAAAAUUGCCUUCAGUGGAGACGUGAAAGAAAUGUUCUUACAAAUUAAAAUAAGAAAAGAAGAUUUACCUGCCCAGAGAUUUUUGUGGAGAGAAAGUGACCAAGAAGAGACUGGAGUUUACGAAAUGUCUGUCAUGUUAUUCGGUGCAGUAUGUUCUCCAAGUUCAGCUCAAUCUGUCAGAAACAAAAAUGCCGAUGAAUUCAAAGACAUAUAUCCAGAAGCAUCCAAUGCUAUAAGAAAUUACCACUACAUGGAUGACUACUUGGACAGUUGUGCUGAUGAAGAGAAAGCCAUCCAGUUGAUCCGCCAAGUGAUAGAAAUUCACAAACAUGCUGGAUUUUCUAUUUGUAAUUGGAAUUGUAAUUCUAAAAAUGUUCUCAAACUAAUUCCUGAAAAUUUGCGAGACAAUGGUAACAAAGAUUUGAACCUAAAUGAUGCAAAUGUUGUUGUAUUCCUGAAAAUCAUAUUGCAAAAUUUAUGGAAAAUCAAACUGGGAUGGGAUGAAAAAUUACCCGAAGAAUAUAAUAGUCAGUGGCAAAAAUAG